AUGGCGUCAGGUUCAAACAUGCAAGAAGAGCUUCCUCUUUCUGGCAAUUGGAUGAGGGAAAAACUCCAAGGUUUUGAUGCAGACCAAGUUCCAGAACCCGUUCUACGAUCUAAGGAACUUUGGGAAAAACAGGUCAACCCUAAACCAAUUCCUGACUCAAAGUCAGAUCCUUCUCCAUCUGACAAGGAGAAAAGGAGCAAGAAAAAGCAUGAGUCAGAGGCUGCCACUUUGGAUGGUGUGGGCAAGAAGGUUUCAAAAAAGAAAGACCAAGAAAAGAAAGAUACUAAAGAUGCCCAACAAGACCAAAAUAUCGAGAGUGAUAAGGGUAAAGAAAAAGAGAAAGAAACAAGAGAAAAGAAAGAAAAGAAAGGGAAGAAAGAAAAGAAAGAAAAAAGAGACAAGAGAGAAAAGGAGUCUAAAGGUGAACACUCUACAGAAAAGAAAAAGAGCAAGAAGAAGAAACACAAGAAAAGUCACCAUGACUCUCAUCUCUCAACUGCUACUUCUGCUAAGGUGAGGACAGAUUCGGAAACUUCACCGAAACCUCAUGAGCCUGAAGGCAAUGCUGGUUCGAUGCAACCAAUCACUCAAGCUUCUAUUGGUCAAGAAAACCAAGCUCAACAGACAUUGCAGGAUACUUUAAAAACAGUUGCUGAGGAGACUUCGCCAGACUCUGCCAUCAGAAAAGUUAUUAAUGACUUAGCUCAUGAACUGGGAGUAUCAGGGAGCAAGGAUGGGGACAAGGUCGAAACUCCAAAAGCAACAACUCCUCCUCCACAAGUCAAUGUCGAAGCAACAAAGACUACAACACCACCUGCUGUCGAAAACAAUGUCGAAGAACAGGUUCAGCUUCAACCAGAUCCAAUUGUUAAUGUGGUUGCUUCAGCUGCUACACCUUCUGCUGUGGAACAAGUUGUUGUGCAAGAACAACCUCGGGUCGAAGAACAGAUAACCCAGCUUAAUGACCAGGGGAAUCAUGCAGUUCCAGUUGCAGCGGGCAACAAUGAAGUUGGUGGUAAUGAAAGUCAAUCAGAUGAAGGAGAAAAUUCUACAACGAAGGAUCGUCAAAAGCCAAAUCAAGAAGAACACGAUCCAGACUUUCGAGCCAUAGAUAACUUCACCACUUCGAGCGCUGGGUAUUGUCGAACUCCUAGGACUGGGGAUUCGAAAGAAGAAGGAGAUGAAGGCACAUCUGUUUCGAAACCUCCUGCAGAUUUCUACUUGCCUCUUCAUAUGCUACAAAGUAUAAAGAACUUGUCAGCUGAGGAGGCUCUUGCAAAACUCUUAACCACCUAUGGUGCGGAUGUCCCUCUUGCCAAUGACAAAGAGCAACAACUCCAGCGUGAGCAUGAAGAUGCAGAACAGCAGUUUCGAAGACAGAUUAUCGAAGGAGACAUGAUAACCCUCUUUGAAUCAGAUCCCACUCUGUAUUAUAGCCUCAAGUCUCUUUUCAGCAAACUUCAAACUCACAAAUCUGGUGACACUCUUGCUUUUCAAGUUACUCAAGCAGAGAACUUCUUGGACCAAUAUGCAAAGAAUUAUCAAUAUUUUACCAGUGCUGCCGAAGCUUUGAACGUUCAAAUAGCCUUGCAAACUAAACAUUAUGAUUUGGCCUCAACUGAGAACGCAGAGGUCAAUCGAAUGAAAACUGCUUCUGCUAGUGCUUUCCUUGAAAUUGCAGCUUGUGAAGACAACAUUGCCAAAUGGAAGGCAGAAAUUCGAGAGCUUGAAGAAAAGAUAAUCCAAGAGGAAGAAAGAAAAACCUCCUUAGCCGGAAAAACUGUCGAAGUUCCAAAAGAGGUUAUCGAAGAAAAAGCUAAGCUAGGACUUCGACAUUUCAGCGAAGCUGCAAAGGCGGGUAUCGAAGUAGAUCGUUUGACCAGUGACACGAAUGCUUUGCAAAGGAAGUUAAACCACACCAAAGCCCUUUACGCGCAAUUUAGGCAGGCCAAUUUAUGAAGUUUAUUAGCGCUUUACCUUUAUUUUGGUAUUUCUUUUCGAAACAUUUUGGUUGUAAUAUUCUGGUUACUUGAAUCACCCUGACAUUUACCUUUUAUGCCAUUUUAUGCUAUUCGAAGUAACGGUGAACAUUUUGCUACAAUUA